CUAAGAGCCCUGACUCUGAGAGAGAGAGAGAGAGGGAGGUCGAUGGGGGCCGAAGGAGAGAUGCCCUGCCCCCUCCUCCGCAAGAAGGACGGGCAAUCUCCUCCCCCCCAUUCCCCUCCUCCUCCGCCGCCGCCGGCCAUCCUCGGCCUCCAGCCCAACGCCCUCGUCGACCACGUCGCCAGGGUAGAUUGGUCGCUCCUCGAUCGGAUCCCCGGCGACCGCGGCGGCUCUCAGCAGGUCAAUAUUGAGGAUUUGAAUCAUAUUUUAAGUGAAGUCAAUACCCACAUUUUCCCAUUCCUUAAUGACCUUUCUCCUAUAAGGACAAUAGCUGGGGGUAGUGUUGCCAAUACCAUCAGGGGACUGACCGCAGGCUUUGGAGUCCCAAGUGGAAUAAUUGGUGCUUUUGGUGAUGAUGAGCAAGGUAGUAUGUUCAUUCAUAAUAUGAGCUUUAGUGGUGUGGAUGUUUCAAGAUUGAGACUGAAAAAGGGACCUACAGGGCAGUGUGCAUGUUUGGUUGAUGCCGAUGGCAACCGUACCAUGAGGCCCUGUCUGUCAAAUGCUGUUAAGCUCCAGGCCAAUGAGUUAAAAAGAGAGGAUUUUAGAGGUUCAAAGUGGUUGGUAUUAAGAUAUGCACAUUUCAACUUGGAAAUAAUCAAUACUGCUAUUAAACUUGCUAAACAAGAGGGGGUUUCUGUUUCAAUGGACUUAGCCAGUUUUGAGAUGGUCAGAGACUCCAGGAUGCACCUCAUAAGCUUACUGGAGACUGGGAACAUUGAUCUUUGUUUUGCCAACGAGGAUGAAGCUAGAGAGCUUAUAAGGGGAGAACCAAAAGCAGAUCAAGAGGCUGCACUAAGUUUUCUGGCCAAACACUGCAAAUGGGCUGUUGUGACCCUUGGCUCUAAGGGAUGCAUCGCAAAGCAUGGUAAAGAGGUUGUCCGAGUUCCAGCGAUCGGGGAGGCACUUGCUAUCGAUGCCACAGGAGCCGGUGAUCUCUUUGCGAGCGGCUUUCUGUAUGGCUUGAUUAAAGGGCUUCCACUUGAAGACUGCUGCAAGGUGGGCUCCUGUGGUGGUGGCUCUGUGAUACGAUCUCUUGGUGGUGAAGUGAGACCUGAGAACUGGCAGUGGAUGUAUAAGCAGAUGCAGGCCAAGGGUCUGUUGCUUCCGGAUCGUAAAAAUUAGUUCUCUACUUGUUUGGGCUACCAAGACCCCUCUUCGGCUAUAGCCACGUUUUUUAGAAAAGGCAGCAUAAUGUUGGAUUUUGGGGGGCCGGUUCUGGUGGUUGCGAUUUGUAGUUGAUUAGUUUUGUGUCCAAUAGCAGCACAGUGUGUAUGGGACUAGGGUGGAAGUUAGACUUUGCUAGUAAAAGAUGCUAGAAUUGGACCAAUUGGUUGAGGGAAGUGUUCCAAAACGGUUGGAUUCUAUUUACUUUGCUGCUUAUAUUGUUUUGUUUCCUCUGUUUCAUGUCUAAAGAAUUCGGCAUUCCUUGUUUA